AUGAGCAAACCAUUGGCCUUCGGCCUCAACCUUAGCAAGAAGCCAGGCGCGUCGAAGCCCCCUCCACCAAAACGAAGGCCGAUGUUUGGUGACGAUGAUGAUUCCGACAACGAAGGCACAGUCGCAGAGGGCAAAGUUGAAGAGAUUGGAGAGUUCAAUGACCUUGGCCGGGCUCAUAACGCAAAAUCCAACAACCCCAAAUUAGGCAAACCGAAGAGUGGCCCUCCUACUCAACCCCCGAAGCUCAAAUCCAAGGGUCAGCCAAAUAUAAUGUUUGGUGAUCUCUCAAGCUCUCUAGCAUCACGAAGAAACGCUGAGGCUGCCACGGAAGUCGAUGCUAGCGUCUACGAGUACGAUUCUGUUUACGAUUCUCUCAAACCAAAGAAACAGGUCACGAAGGAGGAUCAAGAAAAACAGCCAAAAUAUAUGAAAAAUAUCCUGCAGGCAGCCGACAUACGGAAGCGUGACGCAUUAAUUGCCGAGGAGAAGAAAAUUGCGCGGGAGCGAGAGGCCGAAGGGGAGGAAUUUGCCGACAAGGAAAAGUUUGUCACAGAAGCAUAUCGUAAGCAACAGGAAGAGAAUAAGAGGCUUGAAGAGGAAGAGAGGAGACGGGAAGAGGCAGAGGCAAAGAAGAAUGAGAGUGGUGGCAUGUCUGCCUUCUACAGAAAACUCCUCGAUAAAGAUGAGCAAAGGCAUUCGGAUGCUGUUAGGGCGGCUGAGGAAAAGGUUAAGCACGGCGCACCCGAGGAGGAGGAUGAUGCAGAUGCUGGCAAGCAAGAGAAGGAGAAGACAGAGGCCGAUGUCGCCAAGGAGCUUAACGAGAAGGGCGCCACAGUUGCCAUCAACGAAGACGGUCAAGUAGUGGACAAGCGCCAGCUUCUCAGGGGUGGCUUAAACGUUGGCGUAAAGAAGAAAGAAUCAGUCCAACGCGAGGCGGAACGACAAGCUGAGCGGCCGCGGAAGGAUGUCGCAAAUCAACAGUUUGGAAGAAAACAAGCUCAACGAGAACGACAGUCACGCAUGAUCGAGGAGCAGCUCGAGCAGUCAAUGAAGCGAUCACGAGAUGAAGAAGCGGCACAAAGGGAAGAAGCUGAGCGAGCAUCGAAGAGCCGGAAGACAGAGGGCGAGAUCUUAAGUGCGAAGGAACGAUACCUAGCUCGAAAACGAGCGGCCGAAGAAGCGAAGAAGGCCGCUGGUGGAACUUAG